AUGCACAAAGAUGCCUGGCUACCUCGCCCUGCCUUCAGUCUCACGGGGCUCAGUCUCUUUUUCUCUUUGGUGCCACCCGGGCGGAGCAUGGAAGUCACAGUACCUACCACCCUCAACGUCCUCAAUGGCUCUGAUGCCCGCCUGUCCUGCACCUUCAACUCCUGCUACACCGUGAACCACAAACAGUUCUCCCUGAACUGGACUUACCAGGAGUGUAGUAACUGCUCCGAGGAGAUGUUUCUCCAGUUCCGCAUGAAGAUCAUUAACCUGAAGCUGGAGCGGUUCCGAGACCGCGUGGAGUUCUCAGGGAACCCCAGCAAGUAUGACGUGUCAGUCACACUGAGAAACGUGCAGCUGGAGGAUGAGGGCACCUACAACUGCUACAUCAUGAACCCACCCGACCGCCACCGCGGCCACGGCAAGAUCUAUCUGCAAGUCCUCAUGGAAGAGCCCCCUGAGCGGGAUUCCACUGUGGCCGUGAUCGUGGGCGCCUCCGUCGGGGGCUUUCUGGCUGUGGUCAUCUUGGUGCUGAUGGUAGUAAAGUGUGUGAGGAGGAAAAAAGAGCAGAAACUGAGCACGGAUGACCUGAAGACGGAGGAGGAGGGCAAGACGGAUGGAGAGGGCAACGCGGACGAUGGCACCAAGUAA